AUGCCGCCAAUGCCUCCGAACUUUGGAACCGUUCCACCAGUCGCCACCCAGAAAGUCGAUCAGGAGCAGACGUUGAAGAACUACUACAAGACCAAGGUCGACAAUGCACAGCAAAAGCUUCUCGAAAAAACACAAAAUGUGCGACGCUUGCAAGCGCAGAGAAACGAACUGAAUACAAAGGUUCGUCUACUCAAGGAAGAACUGCAACAAUUGCAUGAACAGGGGUCGUAUGUGGGUGAAGUCAGCAAGCCAAUGGACAAGCAAAAAGUUCUCGUUAAAGUACAUCCGGAAGGGAAAUAUGUGGUCGACCUUGACAAGAACAUCGAUGUCAACACGUUGAACACUGGAAGUCGAGUUGCGUUAAGAGCUGAUUCUUAUGCACUCCAUAAAAUUCUUCCCAGCAAGGUUGAUCCUCUUGUAUCACUGAUGAUGGUCGAAAAGGUUCCCGAUUCAACCUACGAGAUGGUUGGAGGACUCGACAAACAAAUCAAGGAGAUCAAAGAAGUGAUUGAGCUUCCCGUCAAACACCCAGAACUUUUCGAAGCUCUCGGAAUUGCGCAACCAAAGGGUGUGCUUCUUUAUGGGCCUCCUGGAACGGGGAAAACGCUGUUGGCUCGUGCAGUGGCACAUCACACAGAGUGCACAUUUAUUCGUGUCUCUGGAUCCGAACUUGUGCAAAAAUUCAUUGGAGAAGGAGCAAGAAUGGUUCGUGAACUUUUCGUAAUGGCACGAGAACACGCACCUUCAAUUAUUUUCAUGGAUGAGAUUGAUUCGAUUGGUAGCAGCAGAGUAGAGGGACACUCUGGUGGAGAUUCUGAGGUGCAACGUACUAUGCUCGAAUUGCUCAACCAACUUGAUGGUUUCGAGGCCACCAAAAACAUUAAGGUGAUUAUGGCCACGAACAGAAUCGACAUUCUUGACCCGGCUCUUCUUCGGCCAGGACGUAUCGACAGAAAAAUUGAGUUCCCAGCGCCUGAUGAGAACGCUCGUGCCGAUAUUUUGAAAAUUCACUCGAGAAAAAUGAAUCUGAUGCGUGGAAUUAACAUGCGUAAGAUUGCUGAGCAAAUUCCUGGUGCGAGUGGAGCCGAAGUUAAGUCCGUCUGUACCGAAGCUGGAAUGUUUGCCCUACGUGAACGCCGUAUCCAUGUGACACAAGAAGAUUUUGAAAUGGCUGUUGGAAAGGUGAUGCAAAAGGAUUCCGACAAGAACAUGUCCAUCAAGAAACUCUGGAAUGCGAACGCUAUCAAGCACGCAGCCCAGACUCAUGUUCAGUUGAUUGUUUUCGAUUCUUUAGAAGAGUUGCUUGCGAUAACGAAACACCAUCCAACUGCUACUCCAAUUCUUCGCAUCUCCAUUGACAACUCGCUGAAAUUUGGGCUUUUCCAACCCGAGAGCCUAUUUCAAAAAGCCAAGGAUUUGGGCAUUGACAUUGCUGGGAUCAGUUUCUAUGUCGGACCUGGGCCUGAUGGAGUUGAAAAGUUUCUUCAUGGGAUUCGUGAAGCGGGUCGAUUUUUGCAAACCGGUCAAUCUUUUGGGCAUUCGAUGAAGAUUUUCAACAUUGGUGGGAGUUUCCCGGGUGCUGCACAAGAUGGAAAGAGCUUCGUUGAGCUCGCCAAAGAGAUCCGCUCCGAGCUUCAGAAUUUCUCGGACUUUAGAUUCAUCGCUGAACCUGGAAAGUUUUUCUCGGCAUCUCCUUUCACUCUAUGCUCUCGGAUCAUGCUAGCCAAAGAAGUCACUGAAGAUGAGGGGAGGAAACGAAAUUUUGAGAAAGGGAUGAUGUACUACUUGAAUCAAGGGAUUUACUCGUCAUUUAUUGGAGCAACGAUCACUAACAAAAUCCCGCCAAAAAGGGGCAGGCCGCUUUUCGAAAAAUUGGAUGCUGAAGUUUUACCAAGCAUUUUAUGGGGUCCCACGUGCGAUGGAGCUGAUUUGAUUGAAGAAAUGGAAAUCGAUGAUGGGGCAAGUUCAUCGAGUGACGAGGAGCUCGGACCCGCACCGCCAACAACUGCAUUUACAAACUCAUUAGAAGCUCGAUUGGACAUGGGCGAUGAAGAAACAGCGAAAAUCGUCUGUAGAACAGUUUCUGUUGACAAGGAACCCAAGCGAAGCUCUACGAUGAGAAACUUGUCAACGGAAGGACGCUUUUUAAUAAUUUCCCUGAAAACCACGGAUACCACCUCUUUGCGAAAGUCGUUAGCAAAUUUGAUGGAUAUGUGUGAUCUUUCCCGACAAACGGUCGAAAUGUGCAACACUAAGCCGUGGAUGGAUCGAGUACCACCGCCAUCUAAAAAACAAAAGAAUAAA